AUGAUUGAUUGGCUUGUGGAAAACAGUCUUGGGUUAUUUCCUGUUGUUCUAGAGAGGCAGCUAAAGAAAAUGGAAGUAGGAAAGAAGAGCCCGGUGCUUGCCACAAUAGAAUGCUCUGUGUCCUAUAUACUAUCUAUUGUGCCUAGGAACAGAAAGCCAGAGCCCGGUGUCCUAUUAGUAAGGGGAUACCAGUGGAGUAAUGGGAUUAGGUCCAGGAUAAACUUUUCUGUAGACUUAGAUGCAGGAAGUUACUAUACAAUUAAGGACAUCCAAAAAACCAGGAUGACGAACUUCUCAUGCCACGACAGGACAGUGCUUUACAUGUUUAUCAUAAACAUGGAUGGGAAGGCGAGUAUGUAUUAUGCCCAGUUUAGUGGGUGCCAUUCCCUUAGAGACCCAAAAGUACCUCUGUACAGAGUUGAGCUAUUCCAUGAAGAUGGGUUUUACAGAGUGGACAAGGACCCAUCCCAUGACAUGAUACUCAAAUCCGUAAACAUAAGGAGUAAACGCAAAGGCCUUCUUCAUUAUUGCUGGAGUAACCAGGGUAUCUUGGAAAGGCAGCCUCGAGCCUCAUUCGUCCUUGAGACAGAAGAAAAAAAAUACAAUGUCCAUGGAUUUUGUUGCAUCUUCUGUAUUAGGGAGUUUGAAUGUAUCGAUUCCUUAAUACUUCACAUCAAUUACAUCCAUUCAGGAUAUAAGUGCAUACAAAAUGGAAGAUCUCUUUUUCUUAAAAGAAAUUUCAGUUCUCUGCAAAGCCAUGAGGCGCUGGCUUAUUUUUCGAGGAAAUACAAGAGGAAAGGACUAGAAUCAAGGAUAGCGCAGGACAUUAGUCAAAGGCAUGAGAGCCCUGUAAAUGGAAUAUGGUCAAUAGAAAACCUUUCGGCUUUAAUAAACAAAGGAAUAAGAUCAAACUCAGGCUUGUCGGAAGACACCCUCAUUCUGAUGGAAAGAUGGAAUGUCCUUAGGCUCCAUGGAGGCAUGCUCAUCGAUGACAUAGCUAGAUUUGCAAGGCAAGAAAAAAGAAAUCCAUCGAUAGUAAACUUCCUUCUUGUCCUGUAUCACAAGUCUAUUGUGAACCCAAAGGAGCUUACAGAACUCAUUUAUUCUCUAUUUGAGGAUGACUAG